AUGGGCGUACCGGGUGCGGCGGCGCGGUAUGUGCGGAACGGCGGCGGAGAGGCGACGCAAAAGUCGGUGCGGCGGACAGCCUUUGCUGAGCUCCGCAUCUGGCUGGUCAUCGUCGCCAUCCUUCAUGCGGUACAGGCGAUAGUCUUUCUCGCUCGAGGAGGAAUAGCAAGCGUGCCGGUGACUGCGAGCUUUUCCAACGCUGCGCCUGGUCUUCUCGCUAUCCCUCAGGCCAAAGUGCUCUUCUCGGUCAAUCUCGCCUCGACAACUGCUUUGUACGUCGGUCUCGAGGCCGCCGGCCUUGCUCUCCUCGCUUCUGUUGGCUUUGACCGUUAUUCCACGCAGAUCCGUCGUCGAGCCGGCUCGCUUCGCUGGCUGGCCAUGGGUAUACCGGCUGUCAUCAUGUACUUGCUCAUCGCCAUGAUUGCCGGUGUGACGGAUCUUGCGGCGCUGCUCAUGCUCACGUCGUCGAUGGUGGCAUGCUUUGCGCUCGGUUCUGCAGCAGAGGCCAACGUCCGGACGACUGGCAGUCUUUCUUGGACUUUGUUCGGGUUUGGCUGCUUUGCCGGCGGCAUGCCGUGGCUGGUGAUUGUUCUCUAUGCCGCCAUGGCCGGCGGCGCGUACCCGAGCUUUCUCGUGGCGCUGGUAGCUCUUCAGAUGGUCGCCACGCUUGCCUUUCCGCUCAACUUGGCCAUCACCAACUCACGGUUCGGGUGGUCUGCACUCACAGGCGAAGUCAUCUUUGUCCUUAUCUCGCUCAUGGCCAAGACGCUUCUGGCGUGGAUGGUGUUUGGCUUCGCGUCGCUAGAGUAGCAGUACCGAGCUCAGUUUGACGACGAGGAGCCGACCGAGCCGAUGGCGGGAGCGGGAGCGGGAGCGCUCCCGUUCGACCCGACUAUGGAUGGCGGCGGCGUGUGCUUGAACAAGCUGGAGUCCAUGCCGACACCGGUGAUGAUGCUGCUGGAGCAGCCCGAGUCGGCUAUGGUGUCGAGAGAGGCAACCUGAGCAGAGGCUUCGUGCCGGUGGCCAAGAUCGGCGAGCAGGACGCUCUCGCCAUCGCCCAUCCGGCUUUGCGUUGCCGGGUCGAGGUCGGCGGCGUCAUCAAAGCCGUCAGCGUUGGCAAACACGCCCGAGACGUAAAAUUCAUCUGCCUCG